UUGUGAGACUGGCCGAGGUUUUGUGAGUAUGUGUGUGUGUUUUCAAGCACUUUAAGUGACUUCUGUUUUGCAGAUAGAAAGCUUAGACAAGAGUCUAGAAGACUUACUGACCAGGGUGGAUGAAUUCGUGGGAAUGCUGGACAUGAUUCGAAGUGAUUCCUCUCAACUUGUCAAUGAAAGUAUACCUCAGAUUUACACAAAAGCUACAGAAAUGAGGCAGAUAUAUAGGAAGAUUGACAAACUAGAGGCUUUUGUGAAAAUGAUUGGGAAUAGCGUAGCUGGACUGGAAGAACGGGUCAUAAAGGCAGAAACAGACCUUGGAGCUUUUCCAAGCACAUUCAAGAAAAUCUUGCACACAAUCAGCAUACCAUCCUUCCUUAAUAAAUCGUCUUCCUCACGGCAACAGCAGACCCUCUAUGAACCUCCAGUCCUCUUCAAGACUGAAGACUAUUUUCCAUGUCUUAAUGAAGCACCAUAUUGAUGAUUUUUGCUUUAGGAUUGAUACAAAUCAGCCAGAAUAGAGAGAGCCAAGUGAACAAAAGGAAUGCCAACCUCAGAACAGCUGCAUUUUUCUAAGCACUAUUGAUGGCAUAUUGCCAUUCUGAUUCUCAUUGUCUUCCUUCAGGCAAUAUUUUCAGGUAAUCUUUGUUUGUGCACAUUAUUUCAAAAGCCUUCCUAAAACACCGUGUAAGUUUUCAGAUUAUUUAGGGGAAGGAAUUUAAGAAUAUUUUUGCAUUUCAUUGUUUUUUUAAUAUGGAAAUAAUAAGAAACAUACUAUUGUAUAUAAGAUUUUUUAACACGUAAAUAUCUGUGCAAAUGUAAAUAGCUAUACCACAAGGAUGGGGGUUUAUUUGCCUUUUUUCAUAAUGUGCUGAUUAAGGUGAAAGAAAAACUAUGUAUAAAAUCAUCUAUUCCAAGGUUUUAAGCCUGGUCCUUGCAGUUUGUACAGAGAAAUGCACCACAUUGGAUGUACUUGUUGUAGAGGGAGGACUUGGAAGAUCAUCAAGGAAUCAAGGGCAUGGCUUAAUGCAUGGUGAUAAAGUCCCCGUUCACAAAGCAAACAUCCUGCCCCACUGAUGAUCCUCAGGUCACAGUGACCCAAGCUUUUAAUUAUUGCAUCAUUGUAUUGCUUUAUGUGUAACCUGUUGGGCAUGGAACAGACUUAUAUAUAUAUAUAGAGAGAGAGAGAGAGAGAGAUAUUGAUGUAUAAAACUUGCUUUCAAAAAGAACAAGUGUCUAAGUUGAGGGAGGGAUGUUGACUCUGGACUGGACCUUGAUCAGGUGCCUGACCAGACUGCAUUUCCUUCACAACUCUCUGUGGUUACUGAGGCUUCCUGUGCUGAUUGCAGUUUGUAUUGUCAAUAAACUAAUAGCUGGCUAA